GCGGCUGGGGGGUUCCGGCGUAUCCCGGUGUAUCCCGGUGUAUCCCGGCGUAUCCCGGUAUUCCCGGUGUGUCCCUCGCCGUCAUGUCGGCCCUGGAGAAGCAGCUGCACCUGGGCCGCCUCUCGCCGCGGCCUCCGUUGCCUGGCGGCGGCGGCCAGUCCGGCUCCAAGAUGCGCAUGGGCCCCGGAAGAAAGAGGGAUUUUUCACCAGUGCUUUGGAGCCAGUACUUUGAAUCUAUGGAGGAUGUAGUGGUGGAAAACGACACUGGCAAGGAUACUUUUCGAAUUUACAAAAGCGGGUUGGAGGGACCUGUCCUGCUGCUGUUACACGGUGGAGGCCACUCUGCCCUGUCCUGGGCUGUGUUUACUUCUGCAAUCAUUAACAGGAUCCAGUGUAGGAUCGUGGCUUUGGAUCUCCGAGGCCAUGGAGAAACAAAAGUUAGGAAUCCUGAAGAUCUGUCUGCAGAAACUAUGUCCAAAGACGUUGGGAAUGUGGUGGAAGCUCUGUAUGGGGACCUCCCCCCCCCCAUCAUGCUGAUAGGGCACAGCAUGGGGGGGGCCAUCGCGGUGCACACGGCGGUCGCAAACCUGGUGCCGAGUCUGCUGGGGCUGUGCAUGAUCGAUGUCGUGGAAGGAACAGCCAUGGAUGCAUUGAACAGCAUGCAGAACUUCCUGAGAAGUCGUCCCAAAACUUUCAAGUCACUUGAAAAUGCCAUUGAGUGGAGUGUAAAAAGUGGACAAAUAAGAAAUCUCGAAUCUGCCAGAGUUUCUAUGGUCGGUCAAGUCAAACAGUGUGAAGGGGCUGCCAGUCCUGAAUGUCCUAAAGCCAUAGUGGAGGGAAUUAUUGAAGAGGAGGAGGAGGAAGAGGAUGAGGAUGAGGAAGGGGGAGGCUCUGUCAACAAAAGGAAGAAAGAAGAUGACACAGAGACAAAGAAGGAGCAUUUAUACACGUGGCGGAUUGAACUGGCUAAAACAGAGAAGUACUGGGAUGGCUGGUUCAGGGGUUUAUCCAACCUCUUCCUGAGCUGUCCCACUCCAAAGCUUUUGCUUUUAGCUGGUGUUGACAGGCUGGAUAAAGAUCUGACCAUUGGGCAGAUGCAAGGGAAGUUCCAGAUGCAGGUCCUCCCACAGUGUGGCCAUGCAGUCCAUGAAGACGCUCCAGACAAGGUCGCUGAAGCUGUUGCAACAUUUCUGAUCCGUCACAGGUUUACAGAGCCCAUCGGAGGAUUCCAGUGUGUGUUUCCUGCUUGUUAAUAUCCUGGUGUUCUCCAGCACUGAAUCCUAUUGUAAAUAAACUGCACCAGAGGCCACUGUGAUGUAUCCAUAUGCUCUCAUCUCCCAGUCCAGCAGCAGUGGGAAGUUGGUGUGAGAUUCAUCCCCUAGAACUAGUUCUCCAGUCUAAAUUCUUAGGGACUUCCUUGCUGGGAAGCAGCUUCUACUGAAGACCAUGAAAAGCUCUUCAGGCCCUUGGGAGUGGGAUCCUCCUCUCUGCUGCCACAAGGAAAGACCUCCUGGAAUCCCAAGUCAGUCGAUCAGACCAAUCUCCAUCAAUUCUCAGGCUUUCUUGGACCCAACUGCAGAAGGGCCGUGGACAGUCCAGAUCCACCAAAGGCUUUGCAGCACAGCCAAAGGCUUCGGGAUUUCUCUGUGGAAUCAUCUUGGAAGUGCCCCUUAGGUUUGGGUUUUAUAUAUUCACAUUCUCUUUCCCCCAAAGCAAAUGAGGAAUUGGCUUUGUUGAAAGCUCAGGUUUCAUCUCACCGACACGGUUAAGGUGUGGGAAGAGCCUAGAGGACACUUUCCUGGGAAAAGUUGGAUGGGAUUGUAUCUCAAAAAGGUGAGGGGGAGCCCUGAGCUCUGUUUCAGUCUGGGCAGUUUUCUUAGUACUUUUUUCGAGUCCUUUCUGGGAAGAAUAGCCUGGAUAACUCCAUCUACUGCAGACACAUCCCACGAAGGGGACGCUGGGGCCUGCGCUGAUGGGACAGACCCAAGAGGGCCAACAGGUUGUUCCUGCCCCGGCACGUGUCUGUGCUUCCCUUUUUAUAGCUGCCACACACAGCCAGGCAUUGCUCGGCAUCGCUGGAAUGGCUGUAGGUGAAGCCCUAGGAGAGCUUAGAGUCAGUCCUGCUGAUGUGGAUGCAGAGGUGAGGCAGCUGCUCCCCCAGAAUUGGAGGAAGGACCUUGUUUCCACUGUCACUUCCUGGAUCAUUUUGCUGCCUGCCCUCCGGAAUUCCAUAUACACAGAGAGCUUUUCUUCAGGGAUAAAUGAUCCCUAGACAGAGUCACUCGUGAGUGUAAGAGCAGGCAUGUUUUGGAGCAGUUUUCCUCGAUAUUUUCCCAGUGGAUAUCUGAAAUCCCUUUUUUCCUGCCUGGUGUCCAUCACCCUUUGCUGCUGUAGGAUGAUUUUUGUGAUUUGGGAGCUGCCAUUUGCAUCCAUGUGUAUAUCCCAUCGACAAGAGCCAUCAGGAAUUUUUGGUAUUUGAGAGAGGUGCAGGUGGGGCAAAGGGUUUAACUUUGAACCUGGUGGAAAUCCACUCAUGUCUGAUUCACUGGCCACAGGAGUCCUGGCCUUGCUCCUGACACAUCAGGAUGGGAAAUGCCUGGGUUAGGGACAGGAGAAGCUCAUUCCAGAGAGCUCUUCUCCCUCCUGGCACUUUGGCCAUCAGGUGAUUAAAGGGAAUUGCUGGCUCCCAGCACUUCCCUCUGUAAUGGUCACCAUGUGAAUGAUUGCAUUAAUUUCCUGUGGCCAUGAUGUCCAACCCUGUUCCUUAUGGAUUCAAUGGAUCUUCAAUAAUUGAGACGCAAAAUAACACCUUCCCGAGACAUAUCCUGAAAAUUGGCAAAACUCUCUUUUCCAGGUGACUCCUUUGUUCAAAUUGUUCGGGAUUAAAUAAUAUAGUAUGUGUGCAUCCAAGAAUCUCACUUCCUGGGGUAAUUAAGCCUGUGAUCAUAGUCCUGAGUGAUCCUCGUGAAUUCACAUUCCUCCUCUGGAAGUUAACUUGGAGAAUCCAAGGGAUUCCUCGCGUUACCUCUUUCGUUUAUGAGAUCUGAAAAAUAAAUCCCAACCACACCGAAUACUCUGUGGAAAGCAGAUCAAUCCUGGAUUCUCUGCAGGCGCCACUGGAAAAAGGAUGACUUUUGGAAUCCUGUUGGUGAGGCCUGUGGGGCCCGUUUGGCCUGCAGGGCCUGUGCGGCCUCUGAAGCCUGUGGGGCCCACAGGGCCUGGGAGGCCUUUGAAGCCUGUGGGGCAUAUGUAGUCUAGGGGGGCCUGUAUGGCCCUAUGGGGCACGUGGGGCCUUUGUGGCCUGUGGGGCCGUAGGAUUCUGGUUUGUUGUUUAACACUGGAGAGGUGAGUGAAAAGAAAAUAAAUGUUUCAACAGCCUAUUUAAUGGUGCGUCGCUCUGUGCUGAGCUCCCAGCCCUGCCUUGCCUGGAAUUAGGUGGGAAUAGUUCAGGGACUGGUGCUGGAUUUGGAAAAAAAAAAAAGGGAUUCCAGAGACAGCAGCAGUGUGGGAGUGGGUGGAGGGGAAAUUCCUUUCGGUUCCGUCGAGCCAUGUACAUUCUUGAGACUGUACUUUUGUCUGAGAAGUAUUAAUGCUCCUGCUGCAGUUUCCAGGGAGCUCCAGGCUGGGCUAAAUGGGAUUUAGGUAGAGGGAUAGCACAGGCUGUGAGAAAAGGGACUGCAGAGAGAAGGAAUAUUCUGUUCAGCUCAUGAAAAACGAGCACAGAGUGAACUGUCCCCAAACUCCCAGCUUUUCACUGCAUUUUUCCUGCAGCCUUUGGAUUAUUUAGAAAUCACACUUGCUUUUGUUGCAGUUGUUGGAUUGAAGAUAAGUGGAAACUUUCCCUGUGGAAGAUCCCAAGGCUUGGCAGGAGCAUGACAUGGAGUUUGGGAGGCUGGUUUGUAACAGGCUUUGCUUUAAUUUAAUAAGUUAAAUAAAUAAAUGAAAAAAUGAGGCCUAGGAUGGGUUUUGCCAGAUUAUACACACCAGAAAAAGCCAUCAGUGACUGGAUGGAGCACUGGGAUUGUUGGAAAAAGAUUAUUUCCUCUAUUGCUAAAGCAUGUGGUCUUGCUUUGAAUGAACCAACUCUUGAACGAGGAAUGAAAACUCAGGCCUGGGGUUUUCCACGUGGAAUUCUCCCAUCAGGCUGUGAUAGGGCAUUUGCAGAGGGUAAUGCAUUUAUGGGCAAAGUUGUUAUUUUUCCCUUUUUUGGCCACAGAAAGGCCUGGAAAACCUGAGGAAGCCUGUUCCAGCCAGAGCCGUGCAUUGCAGGGCAACACAAACCUUGAAAAAUCCCCCCCCAGGAGGGUGGAUUAGAUAUUAGGAAGAAGUUCGUUUACAGUUGUGGCCCUGGCUCUGGUUUUCCAGAGAGAUUGUGGAUUCCCCAUCCCUGGAAGUGUUCAAGGCCAGGUUGGAUGAUGCUUGGAGCAAUGUGGUCUGGUGGGAGAGAGUUGGAAUUGGAUGGGCUUUAUAGUUCCUCCCAACCCAAACUACUCUGAUUCUGUAACUUUGGCACUGACAUUUAUCCUGCCCUCCACUAUUCCCUUUACUCUUGGGAGCAGAAAGGCCUGGGAAAAGAGCCUGGCAACCAGUGAUUCACUGGUUUGAACUGGUGCUCCAUGCUCUUGGAAAUCUAGACCUGGAUCUUCAGCUGAGGUCAAAAAAUAGAGUUUUUGGGUUGUCCCUUCCAAGAAAUCCUGGCCCUGGUGCAUCUACUACCCAUCUCACAGCCUGGAAGUGCCCUUUGUGUUGCCCAAUCCUGCAUCCCUUGGUUGUGUCAUCCGUAGGGACCCGUCUGAUGGCACCGUGUCCGUAAGGCAUCCCAGAACAGCGGGAUAGGGAUAGGUGUUUGAUCCAGGCUUUGCUGUCGGAUCCUUGGUCGGUUGUGGCCGAGCAUUCCGAGUCCGGCAGGGUGACCUUUUACCACGUGCUGCUAUUCCCAGAUGGAAAAUGUGUAUGCGUGUGUGUGUGUGUGUGUGUGAGUUCUCCAGAGACCGCGCGCCGUGUCCCGUGUCCGCCACAUCCUGUUCCUGUCUUGUUCCGUGUCCGUUUCCCUCGCCUACAAAUAAAGCAUUUGUGAAAAGCCUGGAGUAGGAAUUCCUGCUUUCCCUUCAGCUGUGGUACUUGGGCUCCUCGGAGAAGCCAGUGGAGGAAGGGUGUUGAUCCAGCUGUUCCUGUGCCAUCCCCAAGCCUUGGGUUUUUCUGGUGACUCAUGGAAGCCUCUUGUCAUCCGAAAUGCUCCUCCAUCCCUUCUCUGCACUCUAAGGUGGGGGAAAGUGGGGAAUUUAGCACCAGCUUUUGCUCUUUCCGCUCUUUUCCAUGACCAACUCCCACGUGUACAGAAACAUCUGGAAGUAAUAAACCACGGCCCUCGGGCUGCUGAGUAACCUGUG